UACUUUACCUAGGUCUCUCUACCCCCUCUCUCCCCAGCUGUAUAGACCCACAGAGAAAGAGAGAGAGAGAGAGAGGUCUCGACUCUCUCCCUCCUCCCACCCUCUCCUCCUCCUCGUCCAACUCUCUCCAUCCGUCCUCCCCAACAGACGGAGCAGACCUCCGGGAAGGCAGCGUGGAUUUUAACCCUCCUUGCAUCUGUGUGAAUGGGAAUCAGCCGCACCGCGCAAGAGUGAUGGAGACUCUGCCUUCAUAGUUACUGGAACUUAUUUCUCAUCUGUAAAAAGAGGAAACUAACCGCGUGUGUCGGUUUGGGGUUUUCCUUUUAUUUUUUUUUCUUUCUGGGAUCCAAGCCCGACCAGGGAUCAGGGUUAUUUUAGGGGAGAGGAGAGGUUGUUUUACCCCUCUCUCUCCUCAUCACCCUCCUGACUCACCACCCCUUAGGCGCUCUUUCUUAUUUUUAUUUUCUAAUUGACAGUUGGAUUCUGUGGAGGUGUUGUAAAAAGAAUCAAACAGCAGCAGGAAUUGCGGGUGUGUGUCCCUGUGGUUUCUCGGGCUCAUCGGGAGUGGAGCAGGGCAGCAUGGAGCUGGUUUUGGUUGGAUGUAUUGGUGAUGGUUGGGAGGUGCUGAGGAGGACAGGAGGACUCUACCUGCUGCUGCUCUGCUGGCUGCUGGCUGCUCAUACCACAGCGCACGCUUCAGACGCUUCCUCAUUCUCCUCCUCAUCUAGUCUUGGAGGUUUUGUGGACUUCACUUUCAUCCAGGAGCCUCAGGAUACGGUGACAGUGCGAGGGGGCGUGCUGCAGCUUGACUGCCAGGCCCAGUCUGACGCGGCGGCAGGACCUCUCACCAUCACAUGGCGUAAGGAUGGCGUGCUGCUGAGCGCCGUGGUGGACGAGCGACGGCGGCAGCUGACUAAUGGCUCGCUGCUGGUGCAAAACAUAGUGCACUCACGGCACCACCGGCCCGACGAGGGGGAAUACCAGUGCCUCGCGACACUGGAAGGACUGGGGAGCAUCGUGAGCCGGACUGCCAGGGUGAUUGUGGCCGGUCCGCUGAAGGUGGUUGUCCCUACAGAGUCCGUCUCCUCAUAUCUUGGCGACACGGCCCUGCUGCGCUGUGAGGUCUCUGGUGACCCGACACCCGUCAUCCGCUGGCAGAAAAAUCGGGAGGACCUGGUGGUGACUCUUGACCCUGACUCCCGCCUGGCAGUGCUGCCAUCAGGCUCGCUGCAGGUGAGCCGUGUCCAGCCGCCGGACUCAGCCACGUACCGCUGUCUGGCUGACAACCCCGGCAGCACCAGGACGGGGACAGACGCUGAGCUGCGAGUGCUCCCAGAACCUGGGGUGACCAGGAACCUCCAGUUCCUCCAGCGUCCAUCCAGAGUAAUGGCUUUGCUGGGAACGGACGCCAUUCUGGAAUGUUCUGCCUCUGGAUACCCGACUCCAAGCAUCCAGUGGAGGAGAGGAGAGGAACUGAUCCAGAGCUGGAAUAAGAAGUACUCCUUGCUGGCGGGCAGUAAUCUGAUCAUCAGGAGUGUCACUGACGACGACUCUGGCAGCUACAGCUGUACAGCCACCAAUAAGAACCACAACAUCACUGCGCACACAGAGCUCAGCGUUCUGGUGCCUCCUCAGUUCCUGAACUACCCGACCAAUACGUAUGCCUAUGAGUCCACCGACAUCGAGCUGGAGUGUGCUGUGACAGGAAACCCACCACCAACAGUCCGCUGGAUGAAGAAUGGAGAGGAAGUCAUCCCCAGCGACUACUUCCAGAUUGUGGACGGCAGUAACCUGCAGAUUUUGGGUUUGGUGAAGUCAGAUGAAGGAUUUUAUCAGUGUGUCGCUGAAAACUCAGCCGGCAGCUCGCAGGCGAUGGCUCAGCUGCUGCUCCGAGAGCCAGUGUCCCCCAGCCCAGGCGUUGCCCUCCCCUCUGCCCCCCGCGACCUGGUCCCUGUCCUAGUGUCCAGCCGAUUUGUCCGACUCAGCUGGCGCCCCCCAGAGGAGACCGGAGGAGCUGUGCAGACCUAUGGUGUUUAUUACUCCCAGGAUGGAGUCGAAAGGGAGCGGUCAGUGAACGUGUCAGAGCCCGAGUCUUUGGAGUUGACAGUGUCCAACCUGAAACCAGAGGAGAGCUACAGCUUCAGAGUCGUCGCUUACAAUGAUGUGGGACCAGGCGAGAGCUCGGCCCCUCUGAUGAUCACCACCAAACCUGAUCUCCAGGUUCCCAGCAGGGUGGAGUCUCUCCGAGCAGAGGCUCUGUCUCCCACCUCUGUCCAGGUGAGCUGGGAGCCUCCGAGUCAACCAAACGGCCCCGUCCUGGGCUACAGACUGCUGUGGACUGAGAGUCCGUCCGGCAAGGAGCAGAGUGUGGAAGUAAAUGGACUGAACUACAAAAUGGAGGGACUCAACAAGUUCACAGAGUACACAGUCCGGGUUUUGGCAAUCAACCGUUAUGGACCGGGCACUGCCUCAGAGACCGUCAGCGUCACCACCCAAUCAGACGUACCCAGCGCUCCUCCUCAGAACAUCACUUUAGAAGUUGUCCUGUCCAGGAGCAUCAAAGUGUCAUGGCAGCCACCUGUCCGCAGUGCCCAGAACGGCAUCAUCACUGCCUACAAGAUCAAAUACAGGAAGACUGGACGGCGUGGAGACCAAGAGGCCAUCGAACCCAACAACUUCUGGUACCUGUUCACAGGUCUGGAGAAAGGCAGUCAGUACAGUUUCCAGGUAGCAGCCAUGACAGCCAAUGGAACAGGUCCAGCCAGUGACUGGUACACUGCUGAGACACCAGAGAACGACCUGGAUGAGAGUCAGGUACCUGACCAGCCCAGCUCUCUGCACGUGAGGCCGCUGCCCAACAGCAUCAUCAUGUCAUGGACGCCACCCCUCAGCCCCAACAUCCUGGUCCGGGGUUACAUCAUUGGCUACGGAGUGGGAAGUCCCUAUGCCGAGACGGUUAGGGUGGACAGCAAGCAGAGAUACUACUCCAUCGAAAACCUGGAGCCAAGCUCGCAUUAUGUGAUUUCCCUGAAGGCAUUCAAUAAUGCUGGAGAGGGAGUUCCUCUGUAUGAGAGUGCCGUCACUCGAUCUCUGACAGACCCCAUAGACCCAUCUGAGGAUGACCUCUUCCACCUCUUUGAUAAAUACCCCACUCCCAUGCCAGACACCAGCACUCCCAUGAUCCCCCCGGUAGGAGUCCAAGCCGUAGCUCUGUCCUCGGAUUCCGUUCGAGUCUCCUGGGCCGACAACUCCAUGACCAAGAACCAGAAAGCAUCUGAGGUCCGGUAUUACUCCGUCAAGUGGAAGACCAGCUACUCCACCAGUGGAAAGUACAAGUCCGCAGACACCACAGCACUCAGCCACACCGUCACAGGCCUCAAACCAAACACCAUGUAUGAGUUUGCUGUCAUGGUAACCAAAGGUCGCAAGUCCAGCACAUGGAGUAUGACAGCGCACGCCACAACAUAUGAAGCAGCUCCUGCUCCCAAAGAUUUGACAGUGAUCAGUCGUGAGGGACGACCCCGCGCCAUUUUAAUCAGCUGGCAACCACCAAUGGAGGCUAACGGGCGAAUCACAGGUUACAUCCUGUACUACACACUGGAUAAGAACAUGCCGAUAGAUGACUGGGUGAUGGAAGCAAUCAGCGGCGACCGGCUGACCCAUCAGGUUGUCGACCUGAACCUUGACACGGUUUACUACUUCAGGAUUCAGGCCAAGAAUGCUAAAGGAGUUGGUCCGCUGUCUGAGCCCAUCCACUUCAGGACAGCCAAAGUGGAACAUCCAGACAAGAUGGCCAAUGAUCAAGGUCGAGGGGGAGAUCACUCCUACUGGCCAUCUGACACCAACCUAAUUGACAAGAGCAGCAUCAACGAGUCUCCCAUUGGUCAGAUGCGUCCGCCUCACGGCAGUGCCACGCCUCAGAAGAACAGUAACCUCCUAGUCAUCAUAGUGGUUUCUGUGGGAGCCAUCACGGUGGUUGUGGUCGUCAUUGUGGCUCUCAUCUGCACCCGGCGCUCCUCUGCACAGCAGAGAAAAAAGAGAGCAAGCCACAGUGCCAGUAAGAGGAAGGGCAGUCAGAAGGACCUGCGACCUCCUGACCUCUGGAUCCAUCAUGAGGAAAUGGAAAUGAAGAACAUGGAGAAAGCUCCCAGCGUUGCCCCAUCCGGACACGAUUCGCCCAUGCAGUCCUGCCAGGACCUUCCCCAGGUCGCGCAUAGCCAAUCGGAGAGUCAGAUUGGCAGCAAGAGCAGCCACUCGGGAGCAGAUGCUGACGAGGCCUCCAGCAGUAUCUCCACUCUGGAGCGCUCCCUGGCUGCCAGGAGGGGAACACGAGGCAAAAUGAUGAUUCCUAUGGACUCACAACCAAGCAACACACCGGUGGUCAGUGCUAUCCCGGUGCCAGCUCUGGACUCUUCUCAGUAUCCUGGUAUUCUGCCUUCACCUUCCUGCAGCUUCACACACAACAAAUUCAGCCUGAGACCGAUGCCUUUCCCCAGCCUGACCGUGGACAGGGGCUACACGCCAGCGAUGACCUCAGACGCCUCCGCCAAUCCUCUCCUCCAGCAGCAGCCUCCGCCUCAGCAGGUCGCUCCCCUUCUCCCCGGCUCCUCCGCCCCGCCCGGGGAGCAUGUUCCGGUGGUAGGCCCAGUCCCAGGUGCCCCUGCCGCGGCUGCAGCCGCCACUGAGGAGGCCCAGGCAGGGAGCGGUCGGACCAUCCCAACAGCCUGUGUGCGACCCACCCACCCACUACGAAGCUUCACCAACCCACUGCUGCCGCCGCCCAUGGGGACUAUCGACCCAAAGGUGUACACCUCUAUGAUGCCACAGUCCAGUGCAAGCCUCCCGAAGCCCCAGGUGAAGACAGCCUCUUUGGGUCAGGCUGGCAAGGCUCGUUCCCCUCUGCUGCCUGUCUCAGUCCCUACAGCACCGGACUUACCAGAGGACGGAGGAGCAAAACCCACCGAGGAUUCAGCUGCCAACGUUUAUGAGCAGGAUGACCUGUCGGAGCAGAUGGCCAGUCUGGAAGGACUGAUGAAGCAGCUCAAUGCCAUUACCGGAUCCGCCUUCUAACCUCUGACCCCAGCCCGGCCCAGUCCUCAGCCAUGGUCCAGUCUGGAUCCCUUCUUCAAGCCUUGAUGUUACCUGCUGUCCAUUCACUAAGGGUGGCAAUAGGUCAAUCUGGGUUUGAAGAUGCCUCUGUGGAACCUCCCUCUGUGCUGGGUUGAGUUUCUACUGGUCUUGGCUAGUCUCUACUUUUUGGGACCGGGAUUGGACAGAAGGUUAUUAAACAGAGGAUAAACACUACAGCAGCACAGCAUCAACUCCAAGAACAGGACAAGGGUUGAGGGGCUUAUUUAGGAGUUCAAACUGAAACCCCUAUAGACCCUUCAACCUCAAACACAAAAAUAGAAAAACCCAAUGCCUAGCGCCUCAACAUGAAACAGGAGGAAAGGAUUAUCACAAAAAAAGAAGACAAGGUUAUAAGAACCCUCCUGUUUCUCUUCUUCGUGGUAUUUAUUAGCAUCCUCCUCCGCUGAGUUCUCCACAACUCAGUUACUGUGACCAUACCUCACUUAUUUUUCAUGAUUACUGUUGAAAGUAUUCCUUUGUUCUCCUUUUUUGGGGGGGUGGGGGGAAGGGUUACUUCAAUUUUGUGCAGUUAAAGGAUGUGUAUAUGGUUUGAAAAUGCUACCAGAUUCUGAAGCAAGAAACAGAGAACACAUCCUCGGCCACCAAAGUUUCACCAAAACUCCAAAACUUUUCACCUGGAACCAAGGAUGCCUGGCGUGGUGAUGCGAGGUGAUACUCUCGGGCAUUUCUUGGCCAUUUUUCCUCAAUAUUUCUCUUUUUUCUUCUCCUGAACAAGACAGUUUGGAUUUCACCUGAAUCAACCAUCACCCAUAACCCUUGCAACCCUUCUGCCUCUGGAUCCCGAGGUUAAAAAAAAAGAAGGGGGAAAAAAGAUAGGAUUUUGGCCGGACAGAAAAAAAGUGUGAGAACCCACUAAACUGGUCUGAAUCAUCUGAAUCUGGAUCCAACUUACGCUACUCUUAAAGGACUGUAUAGAACCCUCUAUAGACUCCCACAGUCUGUUGCUGCUCUCGACCAAGCCUUUACUCGCCCUAACCAAGACGAACUACAGUCUUUACCUAUAAGGACUUGUGUUGUUGCCAAAUUUUCAUCUUGGAAAGCUUAUUGUAACUUUAUUUGUUUUUGCUCCUUGUUACAGUCUGUCUAAGUCCAACAUUGUUUGGAAGUCAGUGAAAAGCUGAUGAUUUGUAUGGAACAAAAGCUAAAAUCUGGAUUUGGAUUGGUAGAACCCAUCCCAUCCUGGACAAAUGAAAGUUGGCUUUGGAUGAAAUGCAGUGAUUGGUCCUUUUGAGUAACAUGUUCAAAUUCAGUCUUAACACCUCGUUCACAAUUUACCACAUUGCACUGUAUGUACAUCACAUUUCAGUGCAUGCUCUCCCCCUGCUGGUUGGAGGACUAAAGCGUACUAAAGCGAAUACAGUGUUUAUUUUGGCUGCACCUGUUGAUGUGUUCACAAAAGACAGACAACAAGACAAAAGACAAAAUGGUUAUGAGAGCCAUCAAAACACAGUAUGUUAUUUUGGGAAAGAGAUAAUGAAGUCAUCAUCAUGAGACAGAUAACUAUCUCUUAAUCAGGCUUCAGUUUUAAAAUCACAAAAACGUCAUCUUGUUUUCUUAAGAAAACAGUUUGCUAUCUUGAUUUGAAAAAUAUCAUGAAGUCAGGAUAUUGAAACAACUGGGUCUAACAUAUACUGUAUAUCAACAGCAACUAUAGUUGGAUUCUGUUUACAUAAACUAUAACAAACAGCCGUGCACCAUGUUACUCCUGUCAAAUGAAUGAAACUUUGGCAUUACUGUGAUGGAAUAGUCAAUUGUGAAGGAGGUGUUACAGCAACAUGAUUAAUCAGGAUUAUUAUUAUUAUUAUUAUUAUUAUUGAUUAUAAGAAUGGUCCCUUUAUUUUUUCCACUUUGCAGUUUCAGUAUGUGUUUGACUGAAGGUGAGUGUGUUGUAUUUGGGCCUGCUUUUGAUGAAUCCAUAUUUAUUUUUCUUGAGAUAAACACACAUGUACCUCUGUCAACCUUGAUUGCGCACAUGGGAAAAUUGCAAAACCGCCAGCUUCACUUUGAGUUUACUCCAGGUGGCUCCAUUUUUAUAUGAAAAUAAGGAAAAACAAAACAAAAACAAUUACGCAAAUAAUACAUAUUCCACAAAGUAUAUUUUUACAUUCUCUAUCCUGUCAGAAGUGUUGUUUUUUUUUUGUUUUUUUUUCUUCAAAUCUGGUUUUUAAAAACAUUUCCACAGAGAACUACUUUAAAUACAGUCAUGAACCACUGUGAAAAUUGAUAACAUACAAGCCACAGUUAAACACAGUUUAAUUUGACUGUUCAGCCAUCAGCUGGUAUGUAGAGAACUCUUUGUGCCAUUUGUUGUUUUAUUUUGAGCAGUCUGUAAAAAUUGGAAUGAGGGAAUCAAAUCUAUAGGAUUUUGGUUUUGAGGUGUGGUCUGAGGUCAGGUCAAGGUGUGGACGCAGAGAGCAUCCACAUCUCAGUUCUUUAAAACAACUAGAUUUAUAUCAACAGCAGGAAAGAAUUGAGAUUUAGUGUGAGAUUAAAUGGGUUUGUAAGGGAGGUCAGGAUCUUUCUUUGUCACUCUUUGUGAGAGCUUUUGCUGCUCCUCAAGAGAAACGGAAUUUGACCACUGCACUCUGUAAAAAAAUCUAAAGUUCAUGGGUUUUUGAGCCAUAAAAUUGUGUACUCAGAUUAUUGACGUGAUCUGCCAAUUUUUUAUACUACUACAGUAAUCCAUUUUUCAAAAUAUCAGCCCUUAUUUUUACAAAUUUCCUGAAUAAGUGGGAAUAAGAAGAAUUACCUCCAUUGUUAUGAGGAGAAUUCUCAUUUGGAGGUAUAUGAGUAUGUGACCAAACGACUUAUGAAGAUGGAUAUUUUUUGGAGUGUGCAGAAAGUCAGGAACUUAAAAAGACAAAUUAUUCAUUAAUCAGCCUAGGAGAAAAAAAAAAAACAGGCCAUCAGUAUGUUCCAUAUUUGACUGCAUCACCCCAGUCACCAUAUUGUAAUUUACAGACCUUUAUCUCUCUGUGAUGAAAGGAAAAAGCUUGGGGGAAACAGAGAGAGGAGAGGCAGAGGAAGGUGACUUGAUCUUCAGAGGUAGUUUGUAUGUGUGAGCUAGGGCACAGAGGAAUGAGGCCGGGAAUUCAUUAUAACGCUGUUUCAAAUAUUAUGAUUCAAGCUCACGCUCGUUGGGCUGUUACAGCGGCGGGGAAAAGUCCCAGGGACAGGGUGGAUGGAAAGGUAACGUCUCUGCAGAACGAGUGCGGGGAUGAAAGGUGAACGAAUGCAGGCAGGCAGGCGGUGUGGGGAUCAAACUCAUCAGCCUGUUCUGGGAGAUACAUCCAGCCUUAGCCAAGUGCUUUCAUUCUGCUCUGAGUCGCUCUUCUCCUCCUCCUUCAGAACACGGAGCACAGCUGCAGACAGAUGGAACGAUCAAACACUGCAGGGCGAGACUGAAAUUUGAUUUAGAGAAAGGAAAUCUGAUUUUAACAGUAAAUGCUAAAUUAAAUGGGCUGUUGACACGAGAGAUUUUGUCUUUUCAGUGUCAAAAUGGGAAAGAAAGAUGAAAGCAGAGGGAAUUAUUAGAGCUGGAUGAUCAUACGUGGGGUUUUCCACACUUGUGCUUGUUAAAUAUGAAUUACAUUAAAUAUCAGUACGGCUCAUCAUUUUCCAAAUCAACCAUUGGUCCUUCGAUUGAGGUCUGUCCUUCCAGGCAGACACUCCUUCGGUUCAUUCACUCGUGUGUGUUGUCACAUGUGUUGUUCAAUUCUAUAUAAAUCAAACUGCAGAGACUUGCAAACCUCUGGAUCACCACACACAUAUCAAUUUUUUCUUAGUCUUGUAGACAGGAUUAGGAAAGAAAAGGUCAGUGUUAGACGAGAUCGACACAACUGUAAAAGAUGUGGUAAAACAACCCAGAGACAUGAAAAGUCUUAAAUAGACCUUAGGUCAACAUGACACAUAUACUACUGACUGAUUAGACCAAACAGUGCACGUAAUGGCAAACAUUAACACAGUGUCAGACUGAAUAAUGAAGUGAAACUGAAAUUCUGUCUCUAUUUCAAUCUUCGUAAAACUUGCUGCAGAUAGAUUAUCCAUCACAGUCAAAAACUGGUCAACUCAAUUUUAGUCUAUGUUAUAUGUCUACAGUGGACAGCUUGGAACUGUUUUGAAAACUGUUGCAGAUGAACUCAUUUGUGAAUACAAAUGUGUGGAAACACAGGAAAUUCAAAAAGUUGGGAAGGUGGAAAAGUUUGUGUAUCGACAAAAAUAAAACGCAACAAAGUGCAAUGGAAAGAGACUUAGUGAAUAAAUCAUGAUGUACAUGAAGCGUCCACUGAAGCUUUCCACUUCACCCAAGAGAUCAAAAUACCAGCAGGUGAUGUGUGUGGAUGGCUGAGGAGACUGUAACCUUCCUCUAUUGAAUACAUAAAACAAACAGAAAUGUCAUAUUUUCUUUGUUUUCCACUUGGUUUCUGUUUGAGGUUUGACUGAAGCUCUUUCACUAUGGUUUUAUGGCACCUGACUGAAGAAUGUUUGCCACCAGGGUAGUGCCAAAUUUAUAAUAUUCAAAUAACAUUAACACAAUGGUGGAGGGAAACACACAUUAACUCACACUGAACAGGACCAGGUCCAAAAAUUUGAAACCACACAGACUUUUUACAUCCAAGUCUCUGCAAAAUUGAUUUUCACAAAAAAGAACUGAGAGGAGUGGCAGCCUGAAAGGAAGGAAAUCAAUCUAAAAAAUGAUGGAGGAUCUUCAAAAUGACCAGCAGGGUUUUAGGUGAGCUAAAACAGGGAACACCACCAGUAUGGUCCUCUUAGUUCAAUCAGGAGAGACUUAGAGAAAAACGUGCACAAAUCUGGAUUAGAAUAGAAUUUUAUUGUGCACGGGAGAAACAGAGUUUUGGCGCUUAGACCCCAGCAGGAAGUAGAUCCCCAUGGGAAGCAUUCAGAUUUUAAGUGGUGCUUCCGAUAUAGGAAACUACCCCCCUGGAGCCUAGACCUGGUGGCGGUGAUGGUGAGUAAGGCUUAGUCAGGACAAGUAUUUAUAGCAUGAACAAAGUUAUCUCGUGGCACUUUUCGUAUAGAGCAUAGAUUGUCUCUUAUGCUAUUGCGUGAGAGACCCAACAAUUCCCACUAUGAGCAAGCACUAGGCGACAGUGGCAAGGAAAAACUUCCUUUUAAGAGGCAGAAACCUCGAGCAGAACCGGACUCAGAGUGGGCGGCCAUCUGCCUCGACCAGUUGGGUUUAGAAAGACACAGAGAGAAAGAGACAUGGGGGAGGAAUGAGGCCUGAGGUUGGGGCGGCUUUCUGUGAGGGGACUUCUGAUCAGGGGUAGAUUAAACGUGGCCAGGCAUCCACAGUUGAGGUGGUGAAGGGGAGGAGGUGGGUCGUACAACGUCGCGAUGCUGAAAUGACAGCAGAGAGAGAGAACAUUUUAAACUGAUACGACUUACAGGUGAUUGGCUCUAGAUGAGCGACGGUUGUAAUUGGAUGAAAACAGAAUUAGUGGGUGGGGCUUAGAGAUAACAGGAAGCAGUUGAGAGUCAGCAGCCCAGUGCAGAUAGACAGUCUCCCUGAUUGAACUUUCGCUAAGCUUCAUUUCUGUGUUUAUGUGAGACAUUUGACGACUGUUGCAGUGAGAAGUCAGGUGUAGGCCAUGUCUAGAAACAUUUUCAUGCAAUGCAGUCACAUUUCAUUGGCUGAUUAAAUCUGUUAUUGGAUGGCAUUUCCCUUGCUCACUUCAAGGAUCCCGAUGAUCUGAGUUUAGACAUUUAUGAGUGACUGAUUACGUUAAUUCCAAGUCACUCAUCAAGACAGACAUGAUUAAAAUACACAUGAUCUUCCCAUUCUUUAUUUGUCUAAAUACCUGAAGAAAUUCUCUGUGUUCAUUUAUCAUGAUUCAUUUGCCCUUCAGAGUUUUAGUUGCCAUUAAGAUAAAUAAGACGGUCUAUGUGCCUUUACUUUUCACCACAGCAUUAUUUUUCUUUCUCUGUAUUUAGUCACUUUAUUUGAAGUCUUUGUGAAAUGUUAAAAUGUGCUCUGUGUUAUGUUAAUUUGUUCCUCCUGCACAGUCGACACACAGGGAACAGACGAGACGUUCUGCUUAGCUGAGGGCUUUUCCCAAAAGCACCAUGUCCCUUUUAAACAGAGAGACUUAAAAGAGAACUGGUUCUGUUACUUCAGUGGCACAGAUGCGGCGUUUCAGCAGCUGUCUGACAAACAGACACAUCAGAUGUGCUAAAUCUAGUGAUGACAGGGACCGUCCUGCACCUGAAAUAUCACGCAAAACAGCCAGGGUGUCUGUCAAAAUGUCUCUGAUCCAGAUGCUAAAUCCCCAACUGACUCACUCACUGACUCUCACAACACAAACAUAUCCAUCUCAACAAGUCAUUGAGUCAUUGAGUGAGAUCAUUUCUUUUUUUUUUUUGUUGUUUUGUUUUUUUUUUUUGUUUUCAGGAUUUUAUAGAAUUUGUCAAUUUAUUGGCAAUAGAAGUUGAUUUGUGUUGGAAGCAGAUGGUGUAUUACCACAUAUCAUUGC